UCCGGUGUUGUGAUGAUGAACGUCCCUGCCAACAUGGCGGUCAGCAUCCGCGGCCGUCCGACCCGGAGUGUACGGAUGAGAGGUCGGAAUGACAGCGGGGAAGAGAAUGUACCGCUGGAUCUUACGCGGGAACCCUCAGAUAACAUGCGUGAGAUCCUUCAGAACAUUGCCAAAUCUCACGGGGUUUCCAACAUGAGGAAGCUUGGCCACCUGAACAACUUUGUUAAGCUCCUGAACAGUGUAAGUCACUGUGAAGAGAAAUUAGGAUUUACAUAUGAGGAAAUCAUCAUUUGUCUGCGUGUAGCGUUGUUGAAUGAGGUGAAGGAGGUUCGGGCUGCAGGUUUGAGAGCACUAAGGUAUCUGAUCCAUGAUAGUAGUGUCCUCCAGAAAUUUCUUCAGCUGCAGGUGGAUUACCUGGUCUCCAGGUGUAUUGACAUUCAGCAAAGUAAUGAGGUGGAGAGAACUCAAGCCCUCAGACUGGUCAGAAAGAUGAUAACAGUGAACGCACAGCUCUUUCCCAGCUCUUUGACAAACUCUUUGAUCGCGGUGGGGAACGAUGGGCUGCAGGAGAGAGAUCGCAUGGUUCGAGCCUGCAUCGCCAUCAUUUGUGAACUUGCACUGAAGAACCCAGAGAUUGUGGCCCAGCGGGGGGGUUUGAACACCAUCCUAAAGAACGUCAUCGACUGCCAGCUGAGCCGCAUCAACGAGGCCCUGAUCACCACCAUACUGCACCUGCUCAAUCACCCGCACACACGCCAGUACAUGCGCGCCGAUGUUGAACUGGAGCAAAUUCUCGCACCUUACACAGACUUUCACUACAGACAUAACCCUGACACAGCAGAGGCACAAAUCAAGGAAGACAGAGAAGCUCGUUUUUUAUCCAGUAAAAUGGCUAUUGUUGCAGCCUUCCGCUCAUGGUCAGGUAUUAUAAACCUGUGUAAAUCAGGAAACUCAGGGGUCCAGUCUUUGAUAGGCCUGCUCUGUAUACCAAACAUGGAAGUCAGGAAAGCCUUAUUAGAAGUCAUGUACGAGAUCUUCAGAUUGCCUGUUCCUAUAGUGACAGGAGAUUUUGAGGAAGCGCUGCACAGCGUGGACCCCAGCAAGUUUCAGGACAGCUGGAGACUCUCUGAUGGGUUUGUAGCUGCAGAAGCCAAAGUCAUAUUGCCUCACAGAGCACGAUCCAGACCAGACCUCAUGGACAACUACCUGGCACUACUGCUGUCUGCCUUUAUCAACAGUGGACUACUGGAGGGUCUGGUGGAGGUGGUGACCAGCAGUGAUGGACGGAUAUCAGUGAGAGCCACCAUACUGCUCGGAGAACUUCUGCACAUGGCCAAUACGAUUCUUCCUCACUCUCACAGUCAUCAUCUGCACUGUCUGCCCACGCUAAUCAACAUGGCUGCUUCCUUUGACAUCUCUCAGGAGAAACGGCUACAUGCCAGUGCAGCUGUGAACCACCUGAAGCGUUUCCACGAAAAGAAACGUCAUGGCCCCAAACCUUACAGUCUUUACCUGGAUCACAUCCUGCGCAGGACGUCCAACUCCACUCACAAGAGAGAGCAGCACCAGCGUCCACAGAAGGACAUCUGUAUUAUGAAGGACACUGAAGAGGCGCUGAUGAUGAACUUGAGGGACAGUCAGAUCCUAAAUCACAAACAGAACCUGGACUGGAACUGGGUUCUGAUCAUCACUAUACUGAAGUGGCCAAAUGUGAACCUCAGAAACAACAAGGACGAGCAGAUGCACAAGUUUGUAAGGAGGUUGCUGUAUUUCUAUAAGCCCAGCAGUAAGCUGUACUCGGCUCUGGAGCUGGAUCAUGCCAAAGCCAGACAACUGACGGUAGCAGGCUGCCAGUUCAACCAGUUCCUCUUGGAUUCAGAAGAGGACGGUCAGGUGUAUCUAGAGGAGCUCGUGAAGGAUAUCGUCCAGUGGCUCACAUCCUCUUCUGGGCUUAAAUCUGAACGCAGUCUCCAUAGCAACGGCCUCCUCAGCACCCUCAGUCAGCACUACUUCCUGUUUCUGGGUACUCUGUCUGCACAGCCGGCCGGAGUCAAAAUGCUGGAGAAAUGUGGCGUAUUUCAGUGUCUGUUGAGCUUGUGCUCGAUGAAAAACCAGGAUCACCUGCUGAAACUAACGGUCUCCACUCUGGACUACAGCAGAGACGGACUCGCGCGAGUCAUCCUGUCCAAGAUCCUUACUGCGGCCACUGACAACUGCCGUAUGUACGCCACCAAACACCUGCGUGUGCUGCUGCGCGCUAACGUUGAGUUCUUCCGUAACUGGGGGAUGGAGUUGUUAGUCACACAGCUGCAUGACCACAACAAAACUGUUUCCAUGGAGGCACUGGACAUCCUGGACGAAGCCUGUGAAGAGAAGGCCAGCCUGCACGCUCUGAUCCACAUGAAACCAGCUCUGUCUCACCUGGGAGAGAAAGGCCUUCUGCUGCUGUUGAGGUUCCUGUCCAUCCCAAAGGGCUUCUCUUACCUCAAUGAAAGAGGCUACGUCAACAAACAGCUCGAUAAAUGGCAGAAGGGGUAUAAUCUGAAGUAUGUGGACAUGAUUGAGGAGCAGUUGAAUGAAGCUCUCACAACAUACCGCAAACCUGUCGAUGGAGACAACUACGUCCGUCGCAGCAACCAAAGGUUACAGAGGCCAAAUGUGUUUCUCCCUGUGCAUUUAUAUGGGCAGUUGGUCCAUGAUAAAACCGGCUGCCUGCUGCUGGAAGCUCAGGGUGUUAUCCCGGAUCUCAGCUACACAGUCCGAUCUCCAGUGUUGGAUAAAUGGGAAGGCAUUAAACAGCUGAAGGCGGCACUAUGGGCUCUGGGCAACAUUGGCAGCUCAAACUGGGGUCUGAACCUCCUACAGGAGGAGAACGUGAUUCCAGAUAUUAUUGUUCUGGCUCAGCACUGUGAGGUUCUGUCCAUACGUGGUACGUGUGUGUAUGUGCUGGGUGUGAUCAGCCGCACACGGCAGGGCAGUGAUGUGCUGAAGGCUUUGGGAUGGGACUCCGUUCGGCACAGCCGCAGGCAGCAGUGGCCUGUCGUCCCUGAUGAAGUGGAUGCUCCGCUACCCAGCGAACUGUCAUCAGUGCCCAGCACACUCAGCCUCAACUCGGAGUCCACCAGCUCACGCCACAACAGCGAGAGCGAAAGUCAGCCCAGUUUGUAUUUCGUGGAUGACGAUCGCGAGGAUUUGGACAUGUACGAGGACUCUUCUCUCAGUAUGCACACAAAAACCUCAAAGGACAGAAGCCCCUUCACCAUCCUGACCCCUUCACAUCUCCGAAACCGCUUUCUGAACUCCCUGUCUCUGCCCAGUAAGAAGGGACGGAGCCCCAGUGACACUAAAGGCACGACAAACUCGGGAAAAUCUCCCGAGGAGCUCCGGCUCAUGCGGCGCAACCGGACCAUAACGGAGCUCUCGAACUAUUCUCCAGGCCACUCGGGGCAGAGCGAGGUCUUUUAUAAUGGCAGUCGCAUGCCUCGCAGCCCAACGGUCAGCCUUGAGACUUCGUUUGUGGGUAUAAAAGCACUAGCAGAGCCGUACGGCACUGAGGGAUGCUCGGAUUUGGAAGGCACAGGUCAACAUAAGGCCGUGACCCCGGGCGACGGUCAGCGGGAGCGUUUGACCUGCGACAGCGCCUCUGUGCUGCCAGGCGGCGGCACGUUUAAGAGCCGCAGUCAUAGCUUCAACACGGACACGACCACCAGUGGCAUCAGCUCCAUGAGCUCCUCCCCAUCCCGAGAGCCCGCCUCCUCCAUCGCCAUGGAUACGGACUGCGCCAGCCUCAACACGGUGGUCAGCGCCAAAACUGUGAAAAUGCAACACUCGCUCAGUCCUCAGUCCAACCACAACCACAUCCUGUUGUCCAAGUCCAAUUCCACCUCGCUGGUUCCUCUGGGGUCGGCGCACACGCUGCCGCGCAGGGCGCAGUCGCUGAAGUCGCCCUCGGUGGCCACGAUCAAGACCCUGGUGGACUGCAGCUACAUCUACACGAGCCCCCGUGAUGCGCUGGGAUACGCCACGUUGAAACGGCUGCAGCAGCAGAGGAUCCACCCGUCUCUCUCACACAGCGAAGCGCUGGCGUCUCCUGCUAAAGACGUGCUGUUUACAGACACCAUCACCAUGAAAACACGCAGCCUCGACUCACGGCUCACCCCACGCAGGUGUUCUGGUAAAAGGUAUUCUGGGCCGUUCAGCUCCCACCGCAGAGUGUCCAGAACUCUUGUGCCAUGGUUUUUGAAAGCUCUGAGUUUUGCGUCUCUGGAUAAGGAGGACUUGCUGAGUCCGAUCAAUCACUCCACCCUGCAGCGCUCCUCUUCCCUGCGCUCCAUGGUCUCUAGCGCCACCUUCGGCUGCAGUGAGGACUACAUCGGCCUGGCACUGCCCCUGGACAUCAACCACAUGUUUCAUAUUAAAGAAACAUCAUAUUUCCAGAAGAGAACAAGCCCUCCUGCUGGAGAAAAAUCAUCCAAAUUUCUUUUUGGAGAAUCUGAUGAGUCGUGUCGUGGUCCUGCACUAAAGCCGCAGAUGAGUAUAACAGAGCUGUUAAACAGCAGCCGGUCAGAACAGCACCACCUGCUGGGAGACGAUGAGAGUACAGGCCUACAGGAGCACACAGAGCAGAACUGCCUCUACUGCAGCGCUCUCACCGUCCUCGGCUCACACACACACAGCCACCUGAACAACACACACACUCGCACAGAUCUGUCUGAUGGUUUCUCUCAGUGGCACAGCCAGCCUUCCCAUAAUCACCUGGAGGUGGUCGCGCAGUCCAAGUUCUCGGGGAUCUCGGGCUGCAGCGACGCGGCCGUCAGUCAAGGUUCGGCCAGCAGCACUCCCAGCACAGAGCUCAUACUGGGUGGAAAGGCGAUAUCUGAGGAUGGACCGGCCUGCAGAGUUCUGUUGAGGAAAGAGGUUCUGCGACUCGUCAUCAACCUCAGCUCUUCAGUCGGCACCAAAGGACACGAAACCGGACUGCUCACGAUAAAGGAGAAGUUUGCGUUCACUUUUGAUGACAUCUGCCUGUACUCUGAGGUGUCCUUCCUGCUGGCCAACUGCAGGUUUCGUCUGGCCUCACGCCGCUUCAUCCAAGAGCUCUUCCAGGAUGUGCAGUUCAUUCCGCUGUAUGAUGAAGCUGAAGCAGUGCUGAAUAAACCACCGCAGCCUGUUCCUGUGGAGACUGAGGAGUCUUGAUACCUCUGUCAGCUUCCUGAACACCUCUCUGCCGUUAUCCCAUCCUCUCAUAUGGCACAGACAGACACGCAUGGAGGACGAGAAAGGAAUCGCUUACAGGAACACCGAAACAAGCCCCUGGACUUCAGACGGUGUUUCUGAAGGGGAGCAGUUUACCAAAUAACGUCUUCAGACUGUGAAACAGGUGAACCGCUUCACAUGGUCCGAACAUACAGAUGGACGUGUUCACAAAGAACGAUUUGAAUGAAAAAGCUGUUUACACUUUAAGAGCGCCAGAUGCACAAAUGAGAGAGAUGCUUCUCUGCACUGGUGUUUGUACAUAUCCACCCCAUCCUGAUAUUUCAAAAUAUCACACAAACACUACAAAGAAUUCAGCGCAAAUGAUUUGACGAUGAAUUUAGGACUUCCAGAACUGAAAGAAUGGGCGAAACAUUGAUUACAUUUGUACUAUUUAUUAGUUUCUUUUCUUUUGUACGUGUGUGUUUGGAUUUUUUAUGACCUCCAGACAAUCAGAAUUCAGUGUUUUGGAGUUUAAAAAAAAAAACAUAGCGAUAUUUGAACCCUUAGCAUCGCACAUUUUUGGAAAUCUGUGAUCCGCGUACCGUCUCAAAUACUCUCGCAGGAAAUUCUCCUCCAAAAGAUGCAGGCGAAGCACACGCACACAUACUCGGUCACAGAGCUAGUUCGACUGAUAAUAGUCUGGAUGUUUUCACCAACUCCAGGGUGGAUCUCACGAAGUCCAGGUUGUAUUUCACCUCAUUUAUGAUUAUUGUAAAGCUGAAUUCUGUGAGAAAUGUUCUUGAUUAUCAUGAAUAUUGAGUCACAAUGCAAAAGAUCUUCAUGGAAAAAUUAAUUGCAUCUUUUGUAAUCUGAUUUUGGAUUGAAAUGUGGCCCAGACAUGUGAGAUUCACCCAUUAAUUUGGAUCGGACAAACAGCAGUUAUUAAAUUUCUGCAUAAAACCUUUGCAGACUCAUUCUCCAUAUCAUACUAGACUCGUCUGGUGCUGUGGUCUGCUCACCAUACACUGAUCUGAUGCUGAUCGGUGAUACGGUGGUGGUCAGUUUGGACUCAGACCUAUAGGAAAUUAAACCAGAAGUGAAACAUAAUCAUGCAUGGUAUCAUUUUAUUGACAUAUGAUUAAUAAAAGGGAUCAUCAAGUACCUUUGAAGGAAUAGGAUUUCAAUACAAGUCAUAGUACAAUACAUAAUACAAGUCUUUGGUUUGAUGUUGAUUACAACAGAAAAUCGUUUUGGCUGUGUAAGCAGUCCAGAGCAUGAAUUUAAAAAUUAAGCCCAUUUUAGGACCAAUAAUGUUUUUUUAAUGUGACAAUUAAGCACAUUUCCAUUAAAUAUUCAGAUUGUAAUGUGAAAAUUGCAAAAUAUUUAUACACAUCAUGGUAGUAUUUGUUGUACUGUCUUGAUGCUGAUUUAAAUUUUUUUUUUUAAUGUACUUGUGGUAUUACGUAUGAAAAUCACUUGAGAGUAAUGGGAAUUCGAGUGGGAUUUGAUUAUUUUGGGGAGCAAAAUUUGCUUAAUUGUUAUGACAGUAAAGUUACACUGAAAAUAGUAAU